AUGGAGAAGUACGAACCAAGGACUGGACCUCUUCCGGGAUUCGAUGCAAUUCGCAUCAAAGUGAACCGUUUCAUCGGGAAAUUCCAAGCGUACAUCCAGUUUUGUGUGGCAAGUUUCCCAAAAGAAAAGAAGCUAGUAUAUUCUACAGCAUCCACCGAGGAUGAAGUCAGAAGCGUCUCCAGCGAACAAGAAGAUGAGCUUCUCUGGUGCCCUCCGUCACCAAGGACUAGUCAGAUGUGGGACUUCCUGACGAGAAUAAACACCAAAUAUGGGCAACGCUUCACCACGUACAAGGAACUACAUGCCUGGAGCACAGAACAGACCUCCGACUUCUGGCGCGAAGCGUGGGACUACUGCGGUAUUCGACACUCGCGACCCUACAAGCAAGUGGUAGAUGAUGCGUCACGAAUGUGGCCAAGGCCAACAUGGUUCAAAGAUGCGCGUCUGAACUUUGCUGAGAACCUACUAUUCCCCCCGCAGCCUGUCUCGGAAGAUGACAUUGCUGUAAUCAGCGUCACGGAAACGCAACGAGAUAGCCUUACGUGGAAGGAGCUACGAAAGCGAGUGCACCAGUGCCACGCAGCCAUGAAGGCAAUGAACAUAAAGCCAGGAGACAGAGUCGCUGGCUACGUUGCGAACCACAGCAGCGCAUUAGUAGCCAUGUUGGCUACGACGUCUCUUGGAGCGAUUUGGACGGCUGUCAGCCCGGACACCGGAGUCACGGCAACGUUGGAUCGGCUUCUUCAGAUAGAGCCUUGCUUACUAUUUGCCGACAACGCAGUGGCUUACAAUGGAAAGGCAUACCCGGUUCUGCCCAAGUUGCGCGACAUCGUUCGCUCCCUGCCGACCUUGGCGGCUGCCGUCAUCCUGCAAACCUGGCACCAACAGGAGGAGCCUGGUUGCGCUGAGCUCGACGCCAGAGUUCUCAGCUUUGAUGCAUUCAUAUCUAAUGGAGAUGUGUCUCGCAGCAUGGAGUUUGCCCAAAUGCCGGCAGAACAUGCCGUCUUUGUCCUCUACAGCUCCGGCACCACGGGGGCGCCAAAGUGCAUCGUCCACGGCGCCAUCGGCACCCUUCUUCAACACAAGAAGGAGCACGUUAUCCAGAGCGACAUCAGGCCGGGGGACCGUCUCUUGUACAUCACAACAUGCAUGUGGAUGAUGUGGCAUUGGUGCGUGUCGGGCCUCGCAUCCGGUGCCACAGUCGUCCUAUACAACGGGUCUCCCUUUUAUUACGUGAACGGAGAUGAUGCAGUCAGAGACGAGCUGGCCAUGCCCAAGAUGAUUGAUGAAUUGCACAUCAACCAAUUUGGUGCGAGUGCCAGGUUCUUCUCCAUGUUGCAGCAGAACCGGCUCAUGCCCAAAGACCAGGGCAUGAAGCUCAGUACGUUGAAGGCGAUUUACUCGACCGGGUCGCCGCUCGCGCCGUCCACGUUCAGAUACAUUUACGAAGCGUUUGGACGUGUGAAUCUGGCGUCAAUAUCCGGCGGCACAGAUAUCAUAUCUGAUUUCGGCACGCCGUCACCGCUCUCUCCCGUGUACGCAGGAGAGAUCCAGGCCAUUGCUCUCGGGAUGGCAGUUCAAUCAUGGGGUCCAGGGGGCCACAAUCUAACUGGUUCCGGGGAGCCGGGCGAACUCGUCUGCGUGAAGCCAUUUCCGUCCCAGCCGGUCCAAUUCUGGGGACCAGACGGAGAGUCGAAAUACAAGGCUUCGUAUUUUGACCGAUUCCCAGGAGUAUGGGCUCACGGCGACUACGUUCGCAUAAACCCUCGAACGGGCGGGCUCGUCAUGCUCGGCCGAUCUGACGGAGUGCUCAACCCCAGCGGUGUACGAUUCGGAAGCGCGGAGAUAUACAACUUGAUCCUGAAGAAAUUCCCAGAGACUGUGGAGGAUUCGCUGUGCAUUGGACGCCGCAGGGAAGGAGACAUGGACGAGACAGUCAUUCUCUUCUUGAAGAUGCGACGGCGUGACUCGUUUGGUCCAGAACUUGAGGCAGCAGUGAAGGGGGCCAUUCGGGGGGAACUUUCGCCCCGGCAUGUCCCGGCCAUUGUGGCCGAGUGCCCAGACAUUCCCGUCACGGCGAACGGGAAAAAGGUCGAAGUCCUGGUCAAGAGGAUCAUGAGCGGACCAGGGGCGGCGCUCGGUCGACGCUCCGGGACCGUGAAUGAGGAUUGUCUACUCUGGUACAAGGAGUGGGCAGAGAAACAUUGA